AACGUACUAUUGUGAGAGCGUAACACUUGGUCGUGAGAACAUCUCGGGCAGUCGGUUUCCCUGAGGUGCAUCUACCUUUACUGUGGUCAAGAUGUUUGUGGAUGAGCGGAUCGUGACUCUAUUCAAAAGAAAUGCCCAUCACACACUGACCUAUUGGAGUGUUUUCUUCAGCUUUGGACUCUGCAUCGCUUUCCUUGGACCCACGAUUUUGGACUUGCAAUGUCAAACACAAUCCACACUUAGUCAGAUUACCUGGGUGUUCUUUUCCCAGCAGUUCUGCUUGUUGAUUGGCAGCUCUAUCGGUGGUGUUUUCAAGAGGACGUUAUUCAGUGCUCUAGCUGCCUUAUUUGUCUCUGCUCUCACCAUCUCUGUCAUAUUUGCCAUCAUCCCUGUGUGCAAUAAUGUUCUCCUGCUUGCCAUCGCCAUGGCCGUGUCCGGGUUUGCGAUGGGCAUUAUUGACACCAUCGCCAACAUCCAACUGGUGACCAUCUAUCAGAGGGAUUCGGCUGUUUUCUUACAGGCUCUUCAUUUCUUCAUUGGGUUCGGAGCCCUGGUGAGCCCACUGAUUGCCGAUCCUUUCCUCUCCGAGACGGGCUGUGGGAACCACACAGGGAACGUGACGGAGACCAUGCAUCAUUUCAGGAACAUGCUGAGGAACAGUCCGAUUGCAGAGCACAACAUAAAUCAGAGCCUCGUGCCCCACGAGGGAGGGCAAGAGGAGUCAAAUGUGCACUAUGCUUUCUGGAUCAUGGCCCUUAUCAAUCUGCCCGUGCCCAUUGCAGUCCUGUUCCUGAUGUAUCGGGAGCAACUGAUCCCAUGUUGCCCCAGCGGCACUCCUCGUCUUCUGGACAAAGAUGAACUAGCUAUGGAGAACCAGCCGGGGGCCGAGGGCUCGGAAGUGGAGCAAAAGGAACAUGAAGCUGGAGGUCACGGGGAUAUCUUCAGCUGCUGUCGGAAUGAUAACCUGCGCGGGCUGCCAAUAUCCUUCUUUAUGAUUCACAUCCUCGGUGGGAUGGUGCUCUUCAUGACCGAUGGCAUUGUGGGUGCGUAUGCCGGCUUUGUCUACACUUACGGCGUGUCACCGCCUAUGUCAUUGCCACAUAAGACAGCUGGUUACCUGGCCAGCAUCUUUUGGGCGGCGAUCACAGCCGGACGUCUUUUGUCCAUUCCACUUUCGUACCGUUUCCAGCCUGUGAGACUGCUCGUGUUUAACCUGGCCGGUGCUAUUGUUACUGUCUUGAUGCUGCUUAUUUUCUACACCAGCAACAGCUUCCUUUUUGCCGGGACCUUUUUAUGUGGGCUUUUCCUCAGCAGCAUAUUCCCCUGUAUGCUCGCCUACACUGAAGACAUCCUUGAUUAUCAGGGGUGUGCAACGUCAGUGCUGGUGACAAGUGCAGGGAUGGGAGAGAUGGUGAUGCAGGUUGUGGUUGGCUCAAUUAUCCAGACUGAAGGCAGCUACAGCUUCCUGCUGUGCGGAAUGAUAAUCGCCUGCCUUGGUUUUAUCUUCUUCAUCGGUCUCCUGCUGUUCCAUCGAAUGCACAGAAAUUACCUCACAGGAACAAAGAAAAAGUCAGCCAUGGUGGAGGAGCGGGCAAGAGAGCAGAAUGGAUCGGCCCAAACCGAGCAGAAACAGGAGCCGGGGAGCAGCUGAGAGGGGAAGCAGCUGUGUUUUGUCCUUUAGUGGCUACUGUAGGAGAUGAACUAUUACAACAAUUUAUCUUCAGAGAUAUUUUACCAAAGCCUAGCAAAAUAAACGUUGUGCUGUGUUAUUGUUGUUGUGCUGGAAAUGACAAAUGGACGCCAAGUAGAUGGUGUGCUACUGUUAGCGGUUAUAGUUCAAACUCUUCGAAUUCUUUUUCUUCUGUUAAUCAAAAAGACAGUGUUCAUCAAAUUGGGGAUUGUUGUGGUGUUUUACAUUUCAUCAAGGUGUGAAAUCUUCGAUCUUCGAUACAAGGAUUAUGAUUACCAGUAGCAUACUUUUUUAAAAUCUGUUUCAAUGGUUUUCUCUUUGUCGUUUAUUUUUUAAUCUUUUGUUUUCAUAUUGUUU